GGCUGCCCCUUGCCCGCCUGUUACUUACAAUGAUGAUAAUUAAUUUACUGGUGUAUUUGGGCUUCUUUGGAGUGAUUUUCUCCAAAGAGUAGCAAAUAUAUAGGUUAAUUUUCGUGAGAUUUUAUAGCUUAAAACUUGACACCCUCCAUGAGCAUGAUAAGCGAAAUUCCAGAUUUAUUGAAAGGCCGCUAUACAUACGCACUCAUCGAACUUUGUUCCGGUUCAUCCACAUGUUACGAAACUGAUUUCACUAAACCGACCGAUGGUAUGCCAAUAGCGUUGUAACUAGAUUGGUCGAUCUGUUAUUGAACCGUCAAACCGGGGACCCGCGACCGUGAAUUAAACCUUGGCAAAAAGACACUCACUUUGGGCGAGGAUACUCUGAUCUACUUUGGGCACGAUGGACAAAGUGCCUCUAAUUGAUUUUUCAGCGUACAGUCUGGAUCGUGAGAGCCCAGAUCCAGAAAGGUUUCAGAAGCUUAUUGAUGAAGUUCAUCAAGCUCUUACUACCAUUGGGUUCAUGUACUUGAAGAACGUCGGGAUCCCAAUUCAAAAGAUUAAAGAUGCCUAUUCUUCCUCCAUGACGUUCUACUCAUUACCAGGGGAAGAAAAACACAGAUAUGCUGGACCAAAGGGUAUAAACAUGCAUGGGUACCAACGAAUGGAGGAGGAAAGGUCGAAUCCUGAUGUACAUUUCAAAGAUCUGAAAGAAGUAUUCAACUAUUGCCCAGCGGCCGGAGAAAAGACGUUUCCAGAGGACGCCCUACCUGAGUUUAAAUCGUCUCUUAUCGAGCUCUUCAAUGCGAUGGUUCCCCUUAAUCUUAGAGUGAUGGAGGUCGUAGCCAGAGGGUUAAAACUCCAAGACCCGCACUUCUUCCAAGACAAAUUCAAAUUGGCGGGAACAUCAAAGAGUCAUACAACCUUGAGGAGUGCGUAUUACCCCUCUCUGGAGGGUGUAGAAAUAAAAGAGGGUCAACUCCGUUGCGGAGAGCAUACUGACUUUGGUGGCAUUACCCUCCUUAUACAAAACAAUCCCGGUCUAGAGGUGAAAACUGUUGACAACAAUUGGGUACCGGCACCACCGAUAGAGGGCACUGUGGUUGUUAACAUCGGAGAUCUAAUGCAGAGAUGGACGUCUGAUAUACUGGUCGCGAAUAAACAUCGCGUCGCUAUCCAAAGUGAUCAAAUGGAACUUGACCAUGAUCGCCAGUCCCUGGUCUUUUUUGGCUACCCGGAUAAUGACGUCAUAAUUGAAUGCACUGAUGAGUCAAGCAAGUACCCUCCAAUAGAAAGCACCGAAUAUCUCUUAUCACAGUUACAGGGACUCCACGCUAAGAAUUAUUAAUAAGAGGUGUCUUUCAUCUUAGGCAACCAGUCAUAUUAUUUUCGCCGUCAUAAAUAUUCUUAGAUUUUCCGUUUUUAAAAUGUAAUACUUUAUAUUAAAAAAGGUUAUAUAUAU